GAUGGGCAUAUUCUCCUUUCUUGGCUUCGUAUUUUUCGGGGUUGCCGGGAUUUUAAUGAUUUUUAACGCCUAUACACAACUCGUGGUGCAAAUAACGGCGAUGGCACUGUGUUUAUUGGCAGCGCUGUUAUUCUUGAUUGACAUCACGAUGGUACUCGCAUUUUGGAAAAGAAGAUGCACGGCCUGUAAACGAUGUUGUGAUAAUAGCGCGCCGGAACUUUUGCCGCACAAAAACGAAGAACCAAAGAAAGAGAUUUCACCAGAAACCGAAAUAAUGAGGCACGAUGUAACGACCAGCCUGAGUGACGUCAGAGUACCCCGCGAACUGGAGAACGCGAACGUCGCAAUCCCCGAUCACUGUUACCGCAAAGUCGAGAACGCCCGACGGCGAGAGUACGUCGAUUGUCCUACCUGCGUGCCGUCGUUAUGCAAUCUCGGCGAGGCCCAAAUUCAAACGGAAACGAAAAAGGUGUCCGUCGUGGAAAUUCAAACUCCAAGCGCGGUCACGAAGGAGACGCCGAUGCAGACGUUGAGCAAAUGCGAGUUCUGUCACCAACAAAUACAACUCCCCGUCGAAGGGGCUGGCGUGCCCGGUGCGCAUUGUUUCCAGCAACCGUCAUCGCAAUGGAGUUACCCCGCCGUCGUGCAGUUCGUUCGCGGAGGGGGCGUGCCGUGUUGCCCCGGAUGCAAAUGCGGAACGGACGCGGCACAGACGCAGCAGCAGCAGCAGCAGCAGCAGCAACAGCAACCGCAGGAAUCAACGCAGCAAAAACCAGAGCAAAAACGUACGGGAUGGCUGACGCCAAAAGUGAAGUCAAAUCCUAGCAAAACGUUGACGAGUGAGACAACACAGCAGGUUGCGAGUAAAUCUGAUACAUCAUACGGAAUUGUGUGGAAUUCUUAUUGUUCAGAGUCAGAGAUGUGAUGAAAAGUUGUUGCUUCAAAGAGCGGAGCGAUUUUUUUUUAAUAAUCACCUGUUGAGCGAUUUCCAGCCCGAUUUACUCUGUCUCAUUCACGCAAUAAUUCAGAUCUGACUCUGAAUUUCGCGCGGUGACAUUACUGUCGUUUACGAAUAAUAAUUGUCGCCUAAAGGUACCGAAAAUAAAAACAACGACAAUGUUACGAGCUUGAUGAAGACCCAACCAAUCACCACGUAUACCGUCGCUGCAUUUUAUGAUGCGGAUAAGAAAAUGCAGACCGUACCGGAUAUUGUGUAUGUGUGACAUAAAUUUAUACGACAAUCUUUGAAAACAAUUACUCUAUCCGAAAGUAUUUAACCCCUGAACGUAAAAGAAAGAUUUUUGAUGACAUUCUUCCAACACCUUCAAUGAAAUUCUUUUCUAUCUUCUGGAUCAUCUCUAAAGAAAA